GACUUUAUUUACACCAGUUAUGUGUUAUUGCUUUUAGUUCCGUCUGCAGGAUGCCGAUGGGCACAAUUUGUUGUCUCGUCGGUAGACUACGAGCAGUACCUCCUUUGCGGCGAAGUCCGUAGGGCGAGUCAAAAAAAAUCAGUGGCAAAAAAAUUGAUGUUAGCGCGCUGCGCGAAACCCUGGGAGCGAUAGAACAUCUGUAGACUAUUCUUCGGGCGAAAAUUGUAAUUUAAACAUUAUGCAGUCAAAUUUGUCCGUGCGUUACGUAUUUGUGGCACAAUCAAUAUUUGACCGAGUGUUACUAAAAUUAUACGACAUCCUUGUGAAAGAAAUUUCGUUUUGUCCCAGAUUGCAGAGAUAAACAUUCGUCAUGAACAAGAGAAGGCACAGACUUUAAGAGCGCACCAGAUAGAGAGGGACUCGUCAUUAAAAGAACAAGAACAGGAAAAGGAAAUACAGUUGGAGAAACUUCGUCAAAGAAUGCUUGAACAUGAAAAUCAAACGAGAAACAGAGCAAACAAGGACGCCAAGACUAUCGCUGAGUUGGAGCAACAAGUACGAGAAUUGCGAGAGGAGCUUAUUCAAGCGAAUUCAACGCAUAAAACUCAGUUGAUGGAGCUGAGCCUGUUGAGAGAAGAGGAGAAACAAACGUUCAAGAGACAGGAUGAAAACUCGCAAAUGAAAUUCAAGAGUCAGCUUGAGCAACAGAGAUUACAGUUACAGCGCGAACAUAGCAGCGAAAUGGAACAGAUUCUAGAUAAAACGAACAACAGGAUAAAACAAAUGGAGGAAGAGUAUACAACACGAUCUUCAAAGGGACAUCAGGUUGUAGAAACACUUGAAGAAGAAAUAAAGAAAUUAAAAGAAGAGAACAACCGCACAAGAACAAACUUGGAAAAGAAGCUUGCUCAGACAACGGCAAAAUACGAAGAAGAGAAAGCGUCGGCGAAAAAGCAUCAUUCUUCAAUUGCUAAGUCUUUACAGCAAGACGUAGAAACACAAAAAACAAUGGUUCGACAUUUAGAGAAACGAAUUCAACAAGUGGAGCUUGACUCGCAAGAAAAAGUAAGUUGAAUUUGCACUUUGUAU